AUGGACGCCAAAGAAACAUAUGGUAACAGUACAGCUCAGAAAGAAGAAGAGAUAAGCAUAAGAAAAGGUUCAUGGGAUAGCGAUGAAGACUCGAAACUCAUUAAUUAUGUUACCAUCCAUGGCGAUGGAGGAUGGGAAGCCAUCGCCCGUAAUGCAGGGUUGAGGCGUACAGGUAAGAGCUGCAGAUUAAGAUGGUUGAACUACUUGAAUCCAAAUAUUCGACGAGGAAACGUUACUCCUGAAGAACAACUUCACAUUAUAGAGCUACACUUGCAAUAUGGAAAUCGGUGGACAGAGAUUGCGAAACGGUUACCAGGAAGAACUGAUAAUGAAAUAAAGAACUAUUGGAGAACCGUUAUUAAAAAGCAAGCAAAGCAGCUAAAAUGUGACGUGAAUAGCGUACAAUUUCGUGACAUCCUCCGCAGUAUAUGGCUUCCAAGCAUAAUGAAGGAACAAAUGCAUCCCACGUCCGAAGCUAAUUCAGAAUCCCAGUUGAAUAGUACUGUCACUGCACUCUCUGCUGAUUUUGAUAACAUGAAUAGCCAGAAAUUAAUGACAGAGUCUGAAGUCCAUCAAACUGGAUUCCUGCCGGCGGAAAUGAAUUGCAAAUCCAACAAGUCCGAUGUUUCAGUACUAGAUGAUAACUGGAAUUAUGAUUGUUUAUCUGCGCUGAACUUUGGCUCUGAAGUGGUGUAUAGCCCUUUCAGCUAUGGUUUCGAUGGAAAUGAGAUUCAGUCUGAGGAUUCACUUACAAUCUCGUUAAAUGGUGAAGAUUUCUGGGAUUUUACAUCAACGAGUUUCAAUCAGUUCUGA